GGAAUUUCCUCUGUUUGGCGCAUGCGUCUAACCGCAUAGCGGUUCGCCCGGCGGCGCCGGCUGCCAAGGGAGCCUUGAGCGCAAGCGCAGUGCUAAGUAGCGGUGGAUUUGGGGGCGUGGCGAGACUGGAACGAAGGGGAAUCAGCGGACUUUCCCUGUUGGAGCAACGGACCACCAGUGAGAGAGGAAGGGAGUCUGAGGGACGUGCUAUGGCGACCACUGUUAGUACACAGCGGGGCUCGGUAUAUAUUGGUGAACUUCCUCAAGAUUUUCUUCGUAUCACCCCGACACAGCAGCAGCAGCAAAUCCAACUGGAUGCUCAGGCAGCUCAGCAGUUACAGUACGGAGGAGCAAUGGGUACUGUUGGGAGACUCAGUAUCACUGUAGUGCAGGCAAAAUUGGCAAAAAACUAUGGCAUGACACGCAUGGAUCCAUAUUGCAGAAUACGACUUGGUUAUGCUGUCUAUGAAACUCCUACUGCUCAUAAUGGAGCCAAAAAUCCUCGAUGGAACAAAGUUAUUCAAUGCACUGUUCCUCCUGGGGUGGAUUCUUUCUAUCUUGAGAUAUUUGAUGAGAGAGCUUUUUCAAUAGAUGAUCGCAUUGCGUGGACCCAUAUUACUAUUCCUGAGUCACUGAAACAAGGAAAAGUAGAAGAUGAGUGGUAUAGCCUGAGUGGAAGGCAGGGAGAUGACAAAGAAGGAAUGAUUAACCUGGUCAUGUCAUACACGUCCUUGCCAGCUGCUAUGAUGAUGCAGCCCCAGCCAGUGGUCCUGAUGCCCACAGUAUAUCAGCAAGGAGUUGGAUAUGUACCUAUAGCAGGGAUGCCUGCUGUCUGUAACCCAGGCAUGGUACCUGUGGCAGUUCCACCACCUGCAAUCAACCCUCAACAUGUAUGUAAUGAAGAGGAUCUAAAAUCUAUCCAGGACAUGUUCCCCAACAUGGACAGAGAAGUAAUCCGUUCAGUACUAGAAGCUCAGAGAGGAAACAAGGAUGCUGCUAUCAAUUCCUUGCUUCAAAUUGCAGAAGAGUCUUAGAUCCUUCUCACACUACCCUUCAUCUUUGUUACCCUUAAUUUUGAUUUGCCAAGCCAGGGAUUUAGUUAGAAGAAUUUCCCAAGCAAGCAUCCUGUCUGAGAGGCUGUGAUCUAUUUUUGUCACAGGUGGUCAUUGGGAUAUUGGUUUUUACAGAUAACCUUACAGAAAUCUCAGCCAUUUUAUAAAUAUCGAUUCUUCUGUGUCCACAUUUCUGUUUGAAAGAUAGUGUUGAAAUACCUCUGCUACUUCCCCUCCCCCCAUUUUUUUGUUUGUUUGCUUUCCAAAACAAACACAAAGAUUCUGUUCCUUGGUUCACUUCUAUGCAUUAUGCAGUUGGUAGUCAGGGAGCGGGGGAGUAUAAAUUGAGGGAUGAGGGAGACUGCUGUUCUAUAAAGUGCUUUUAUUAAAAGCAAUCUGUCUCUCUCAAGUAACCCCUUUCUGUGAGACAAAAAGUGAUUACACCAUGCCCUUUGGCUUGUUCAGUGAUAUUUGAACAUUGAGGCAAUUUGUAAUACUUCCUACUGUAAGGAUACUAGCUUUGUUGUAACUUUCACAGUUAUACUAAUGAGAGAUCACCUUUCAGUCUAUUAAUUGGGCACCAAUGCAAUGUAUUUAUUUUUUUAUUUGUUUGAUGAAGUGCUGCUGUGCUUCUGAAAUUAAAGCAUUUCUUUUGCAAGGCAUAGCAACAUACAAGUAGUCCUUGGGUUACGACCACUCGUUCAGCGACUGUUC